UAAGGAAGUCAUGGAGAGGGAUUUGUCUGAGUCUGAGAGAGGGGACGGCUGAAGACUAAAGCAGAGAGAGCGAGGGGAUACGGCAGAGUUGGAAGCGACAAACUGGAAAGCAACAGCUCCCCUAAUACUACCACUUCUACCCUUUUGUGGUGGAUUUGACAUUAUCUCCAGCCUGUUCCCGAGAUAAAGCUAAUGUUGGUUGAUGGGCAGGACCACAGAGUCAGACACAAAGUGGAUUGAACCGACCGGCUGAACUGAUAGAUCCCAUUAGGCUAGCUCUGCUCUUUAUCGGCUCCGGUGGAUUACAAUAUUCAAGAUGAAUGGCCGUUCCCUGCCCCCGCUGAUACCUGAAGAUGGGGAGUGUCCGGACCCCCCUCGUCGGGGGGUAGACGAGGAGCCGGGGGGCCUCCGCUUUGGGGACAGUGGAGAAGCAGAGGUGCCUGUUUCCAAGGCCCAGAGACGGAAGAGUGACGUUAAAGUGUACAAAGAGUUCUGUGACUUUUACGCCCGCUUUAACAUGGCGAAUGCCCUGGCGAACGCCAUGUGUGAGCGCUGCAAGGGGACCUUCGCUCCGGCCGAGAAGAUAGUGAACAGCAAUGGGGAACUUUACCAUGAGCAGUGUUUUGUCUGUGCUCAAUGUUUCCAGCAGUUCCCAGAGGGACUUUUCUACGAGUUUGAAGGCAGAAAAUACUGUGAGCAUGACUUUCAGAUGUUAUUCGCUCCAUGCUGUCACCAAUGUGGCGAGUUCAUUAUUGGCCGUGUCAUCAAGGCUAUGAACAACAGCUGGCACCCAGACUGUUUCUGCUGUGACAUCUGUCAAGAUGUGCUUGCUGAUGUGGGCUUUGUCAAGAAUGCUGGUCGGCACUUGUGUCGUCCGUGCCACAACCGUGAGAAGGCCCGUGGGAUGGGCAAGUACAUGUGUCAGAAGUGUCACGCCAUCAUCGAGGAGAAGCCACUUCUCUUCAAAAAUGACUCCUACCACCCUGAUCAUUUCAGCUGCAACAAUUGCGGGAAGGAGUUAACAUCGGAUGCCAGGGAGUUGAAGGGCGAGCUGUACUGCCUUCCCUGCCAUGACAAGAUGGGGGUCCCAAUCUGUGGAGCCUGCCGCAGACCGAUCGAGGGCCGUGUGGUCAACGCAAUGGGCAAACAAUGGCAUGUGGAGCAUUUUGUGUGUGCCAAGUGUGAGAAACCUUUCCUGGGGCAUCGCCAUUAUGAACGCAAAGGCCUGGCAUACUGCGAGGUCCACUACAACCAGCUGUUUGGGGAUGUUUGCUACCACUGUAACCGUGUCAUUGAGGGAGAUGUGGUGUCGGCCCUAAACAAAGCCUGGUGUAUCAACUGUUUCUCCUGUUCCACCUGCAACACCAAGCUCACUCUCAAGAACAAGUUUGUGGAGUUUGACAUGAAACCAGUGUGUAAAAAGUGUUACCAGAAGUUUCCCCUUGAGCUGAAGAAAAGACUCAAGAAGCUUUCAGAACCUAUGCCACGGAAGUAAUCAUAUGUAUUUCAUAUUGUAACUAGGAUAUUAUUUUAGAAGUUUGCCCGCAAAUGAUGGAGCAAUUGUAGUAAUUAAUAGUAUUGUUUUGUCCUAAAGUAUUUACAUGUCUGAAACAGAUCCCACUGGCAGAUGGAUUAAAGCGUUGCCCGCUACCUCAUAUUUUAUUAUUAUAAUUGGGCAAAUUUCAUGUUUGAAAUAAGCUGAACAGCACUGUUAAAACUGUCCCUUGCUCAAAAAUGCAAUCCAGUUUAUACCAGUUUAUCAAUCCAAGUACCGUAAUUAACUAAUUUAAUUGUCUAAAUCCUGGAAAUGACAUUGCUGGAUAAUAAAUAUAAAAAAUGAUUACACUUACAAAAUGCUAAGCAUACUGAUCUUGAAAGUUUAUUUGUUUUAACAAUGUCUUCACAAUUGAUUAACUUUAACUCUAAUCACACCAACCAUUGUCCGGGUUUUUUGUAAGCUUGUGUCAUGAUCAUCAUGAGUGCAACAAAAGAUCUACUUGAGGGGGUAUGCUGAAUUCCUCAGGGAUGGCUUUCUCAUCAGGAUACACUGUAACCAUUUAGCUGCAGCAUCAAUAUUCUGUAAUAAAUGAAAACUUUUGAAGUAAUUUAGAGAACACAUUCCAAUGUUGUUAUACAGGACAUAUAGCAUUGUGAAUGUUAGUUGUAAUAAAACGAUUGUUGACUCAUCAAAUUGUAAAUCCCGCAUUUUUUCACUACAAUCUAUUUUAGUUCUAUUUAUAUUUAUACAGACAUUGCUGGCCUAUUAAUGGUUUAAUGGGCAGUGUGUCUGUUGGCAUCUCACAAGAGAUUUUUGUUGGAAAAUAAACAUUUUCUUUAUGCUAUUGUAUUCAGCUUCUUCUUUGUUACUCUGGAAGGUGCAUGUUUUAUACUGAUUUUAUUUUCCUCAUGUAAAUGUCAUGCAUUAUAUUUUUCUCAAU